AUGUCACGAGGCAAAGUCCUGAGCUUAGAAUACAUGAAGCCAUACCUCAAGGACUGGAGUAUCCCAAAUGGGGUCGGAGACACCCCUUUGCAUCUUGCAACCGGCCAAAACGAAUAUGUGAGCAAGCAGUUGAUCGAUCUGGCGGCAGAUGUUAACUUCGGAAAUCGCAACGGAGAAAUCCCUUUGCAUAGUCUAUACUCAGGGACCAUUAAUAGCGAGCUUCUGCUUCACCUAGCAGCAGGAGCAGAUCUCAAAGCUAAAGAUAAUGCCGGUAAAACGGUGGUUCCUUUAUCAGUGUUGAAGAGCUUACCACCGAUUCCGCGGUGCGCCGCGCAAACUUGUCAAUCUUGUCGAAAUGGUACUGUGAGCGGUCUACCUUUUGUUCUCGAGGCUGGAGCGAACCCAUUCCAUGUCAAUCAUGAUGGAGUUAUGCCCUUUCAUUCCUUGAUGAGACGAGGCUAUCGAUCCAAAGGUCUACCUCUCAUUCAGUAUAUUGAUAUCCUGAUAGCAGCUGCUGGUCCUAUUCAGGUACGCAACCACAGAGGCCGGACAUUUAUGCAUACCAUGUGCGGCGUGGAGCCGUAUCACCAUGCACGUUCCUCCUCACAACCAAAAGCCAUCGACCACUUCCCUACUUCCGAUAUUGAUGCUACGAUAGAGACUAAGGACUACAAAGGCUAA